UAGAUAGUGAGUAAGAAUGGGAAGGAGGGUAGGUGAGAUGUGUGAAAGUUCUUUUGAGGCCUCAAAGUGAACGGCUUAAAGAUAAGCUUACGGUACUCUACUAGCCACCAAUAGAACAAAGUUUCAAGCUUGUAAGCAUCUCCAUUUUUAUUUUUAGUUUCUUUUUGAGCCAUGCUGAAAUUCCCAGUUAGCUAUUUUGUUUCAACUCUUAUUUUGUAGAAGGAAACAGACAAUACAUAGGCAUAGAAAGUGCUGAUAAUAGAAGGCAGUUAAAGCUAGAGAGAGAGAGAGAGAGAGAGCAAAGAGAAAGAAAGAUGGGCGUGGUGAAGGAGGCAAUAGGAGAUGCCUUAUUGACAUCCUUGUGGGUGUUCAGCACACCAUUGAUGGGAGUUCUUACUACUAUCAUAGCUACAUACCUUGGUGUUCAAGCCAAUCCAUUGGCAGGCUUAUUCAUCACCACCAACAUCGCCACCAUUCUUGUGUUGUCUUUCAGCAUAAUUGGCGCAGCCUUGGGUGGUGCUAGCUUCAAUCCAUCCACUACUCUCUCGUUCUACACAGCAGGUCUUAAACCUAAAUCCUCUCUUAUCUCCCUGGCCGCUCGCUUUCCGGCUCAGGCGGCUGGUGGAGUGGGUGGUGCCAAGGCUAUACUACAAUUGAUGCCAAGCCAAUACAAGCCCAGGCUAAAGGGACCUUUUUUGCGAGUGGACUUGCAUACUGGAGCCAUAGCAGAGGGGGUGUUGACUUUUCUGAUUAACUUUACUAUCCUUUUUAUUGUGAUCCGGGGUCCUAAAAACCCACUUUUGAAGGUGUGGUUGAUUGCUGUGGCUACAAUGGGUUUGGUUGUUGCAGGGUCUGGUUAUACAGGGCCUUCCAUGAAUCCAGCCAACGCCUUUGGCUGGGCAUUUGUGAACGAUCGACAUAACACUUGGGAACAUUUUUAUGUUUAUUGGAUUUGUCCCUUCGCUGGAUCAGCUUUGGCUGCUGGGAUCUUUCGAUUUCUCUUUCUGUCACCAGUCAAGCAGAAGAAAGCCUGAAGAUACAAAAUUUGUAUGAGCUCUUGUCAAAUGUCUUAAGAGCUUAAUUCCUUAUCUUAUCUUUUCUUUUCUUCUUUUCAGCUUUAGUAGCUUUAUAGCUUAAGAAACAGUGAUAUGAUAUGUCAACUAAGGAGUAUAUAUGUUAUGCUUCCAAAGAAAUGGGAUUAUGCUGGAACUGAAGAAGAUGUGAAAGCGUACAGGGCAAUUUGAAUGUUUGAGCUAGCUUGAUUCAGUGGACAGCAUGCGUGGGUUGGUUUGGCUGCUCAUAGGUAAUCAGGACUACAGGGAACUAGGAGUAAAUCGUCCCAGUCAUGUAAGUUGCCAUAUGGGAAUUCGAGGCAUCCAAACAAGCAAUUCUGUAAUAUGAAUCUUCUCCUUAAUAUAAAACUGUUCCAUGGGCUUUACAUAGUGCA